CACACCGAUGAACACGCUGUGUGAUGAUUGCUACAUGUGGGCAACAGUAGAUAUCUCUACACAAGAACACAGCUAAGCUAACCCUGUCGGAUAAAGCAGCUUCUCCAGCCCAAAUCAAAGAGCUGUCAUCUUCAACAGCAGUGCAGUUUAAAGGCAAAGCAACCCCAGAGCUCACUCAUCCCUACUCUUCAAUAGACUAGAAGAAACUGCAUUGUAAGGACAAUCAGGCCAUGAAAACUAGACUUGGGUGCCUGUCUAACAAAUCUGACUCAUGCAGCGAUUUUUCAGAAUUCCUGCCUCCUGCUCAAGAGAGGUCCACGAGAUACUUAAAGUUAUCCACUGAUGAAGUGACCAGAUGGGCAGAUUCCUUUGAUGCUCUACUGUCCAAUAAAUAUGGGUUGGCAGCCUUCAGAACCUUCCUCAAAACAGAGUUUAGUGAUGAAAACAUAGAGUUCUGGCUGGCUUGUGAGGACUAUAAAAAGAUUAAAUCCCCAGCUAAGAUGAUGUCAAAAGCCAGCAAGAUCUGCAAGGAAUUUAUUGACAUUCAUGCACCCAAGGAGGUUAACAUAGACUACAGGACCCGAGAGGAAACCAAACAGAGGCUUCUGGAGCCAACUUCCAACAGUCUCAAUGAAGUCCAAGCAAAAGUGCACAGCCUCAUGGAGAAAGACUCCUAUCCUCGGUUUAUACGAUCAAAGAUCUAUCAGGACUUACUGAACAGAGCACAGAUACAAUGUCAGAGGAAAUCUGUUUAAAGGUGAAUGUCUAUAAAAGACAGAUUUUUGCUUGCCUAGUGAAAUGACAUUGAGAUAAAACAGACAUUAAUUGUAAUAUACGGAAUAGCAUAUAGUCUGUGUGUUCACGAAGUAAUUAGAUCAGAGUAAUCCGAUGAGAAUUGUCAAAACACAAACUAGUUCCUUGCUAGUUUCUAAAGUAUAACAUUACCCUGUAGUGUGCCUCUUUGCCCAGUUCUAUUUAUAACAUGUGGCUAGAUUAUCUCCUUUUAAUCGUGAUAGAAUGGUCAAUGUUUCUUCUGAAUGCUGGCAAGCAUGUAAAUGUAAAUUCAGUCUCUACAUGGGUCUUAUGUAAUAGUAGAAUAUGAUAAUUUAUUUUUCUUAUCUUCAAUUUAUCUUGUAUACACAUUAACACUGAUUGUUUUUUCACAACACAAGACAUGCCUACUGUGUAACUGCAUGCAGCCUUGGCCUGCUGGCAUGUCUCAUUAAUUUGUUAAUUUCCUCUUAAAAAUAUACAUCUAAAAACACUUGGUCCCAUUUUAUAGGUGUCUUUAACUACUAUGUAAUAACAUUAAAAUACACACAGUACAGUGUCAUUAUUGUGUAACUAUAUGUUGUUGUGCAAAAUUCUCACAAGAUGUUGAGGUACCUAGGUUAGGUUAGGUUUGGUUAGGGUAGGUUAGGUUAGGUGAGGUUAGGUUUAAGGUACGGGUUGGGGUUGGGGUAGGGUUAGGGUUAGGUUUAGGAUUAGGGAUUAGGUAAACAGUGUAACUACAGAUGUAAUUAAAUGCAGGUACUUUAAAUGUAAGUACAAUACAACAACACGGAUGUGCAUAAUAAGUACAUUGUAUCAAAUGCUUAAGUACAUAGUAGUUAAGGACACCUAAUAUAAAGUCCUAUACACACAAACACCAAAAGGGGUAAAAAUAUGAAAAUAUAUGUAUUUGUUGCAAUUUGUUAUCAUGUAAUAUUUAUAUUUAUGUUGUUGUUUAUUAAUUUAUUUAAAUGUAUUCUUAAAUUGAUAUUCUGUUGGUGUACGACGACAUGUUCUGCAGUCAUGGAUACUAGAUAAAGUAAAGCAUGUCACUUCUAUCACAAUGCGUUGGUUUGUUUGGUUCUUGUUUACAGUAUUUACAGAAUGUACCAUAGGUACAUGUUGCAGACUCUGCUUGUUUGAAUGUUGGCUGAGCUUCAUACAGUAAGUAGGCUGGGAAAUAAAUAGUGAGACAACAUGUAGUACGAUAACAUGUUCUACAGUCAUGGAUACUAGAUCAAGUAAAGCAUGUCACUUCUAUCA